GUGCGGAACAGUUGAUUGACCCUAUUCAUUUGAUUGUCUUCUGAUUUGUGUCCGGCUAGAUUUUAACUUAUAGGCAUAAGUUAUUUCAAGCCUAAUGCAAUAGAUUAAGCAGUCAUGUGGGAGAUAAUAGCGUUGUGUAUUACGAUCACGGGUCUAGCUGCCGAUAAUAUUACUAACGUUAAGGCUUCUUACGAGAAUUACAAAGUCUUUAGGAUUCACCCGCGAACAUACAUGCAGUUGGAAGUACUUCAAGAUUUGAAAAACUCGAACGAAUUCAGCUAUUGGCAAGAACCAACUGAGAUAAAUAAAGAAGUAGAUAUUAUGAUACCUCCGCACAAAUUCACGCAUUUCUAUGAAAUUGUGAGCAAUUAUAAGAUGUUCCAUAGACUCCAAAUUCGUAAUGUUCAAGAACUAAUCAACAAUACAAUAUCCCAGAGUCAAUCACAGAACUUUGAUUUUAAUAGUUAUCAUGCUCUUGAAAAAAUUUACGAUAAUCUAGACGAACUGGCCAAGAAAUAUCCCGAUCAAGUGCAGGUUAUCGUGGGUGGCACAACAUACGAAGGACGUAAGAUUAAAGGCGUAAAAGUGUCAAUAUCUAAUGAAACGAGACCCGGAAUUUUCAUCGAGGGCGGCAUACAUGCCAGGGAAUGGAUUUCGCCGGCAACUGUUAUGUACAUUUUGCAUCAAUUAUUAUUUAGUAAUGAUACGGAUGUAAGAUAUGUAGCUGACAAUCAUAAUUGGUUUAUUUUCCCAAUAUUCAAUCCUGACGGAUAUGUGUACUCGUUUACUAAGGAUCGAUUAUGGACGAAAAAUCGCAAAUCGUCUAGUUCUUUCUGUAUUGGAUCGAAUCUUAAUAGAAACUGGGAUUUUCAAUGGAAUACUACUGGCGUCAGCAACGAUCCUUGCAGUGAAGAUUAUCCUGGAAGCAAGGCAUUCUCAGAAAUAGAAACAGAAUCCAUGUCUCAAUAUAUGAGAUCUAGCCAUUUUUACGCGUACAUCUCGUUCCACAGCUAUGGGCAGCAAUUACUGUAUUCUUGCAGUUAUUUAAAUAUCCCCCACUAUGUAAUAUUGUACCAGAUCAACUUCAUAGCAAUUGAAACUCUUCAAAAGAAAUAUAAUACUCAAUAUGAGACCGGAUGUAUUAGCAAAUUCCAACAGUUGAGUGGUCUUAGCACAAAUUACGUCGCAAAUGUUGUCCGCACACCCAUUGUAUACCUCUACAAAUUGUACGAUAAAAGUGAAUAUGGCUUCUUGUUACCACCUAAGCAGAUUAUUCCGACUGGAAAAAAAACUUUGGACUUUUUUAUAGCUAUGUGUAAUGAGACAUUGUCACAUUAUUAUGAUUUGAUAACUCAUAUAACUCAUUCUUGA